AUGGCCUCACGAGCAUUAACAAGAACUCAAUUAAACAGUAUUUUAAAGACUUUUGUAUCACAUUACCCUGAGAAUUUUGCAGACAAAGCCUGGGAUAAUACGGGUCUACUAAUCAAUUGUUCUGUUGCAGAUGACAACUUAAGACCAGCAGUGAAACCAAAGAUUUUGCUUACUGUCGAUUUGACUAACGCGGUAGCCCAGGAAGCUGUUGACAAUGAUUGCAAUUUGGUUAUUGCGUACCAUCCAUUCAUUUUCCCUUCAUGGAAGUUUUUAGAUCCUGUUAGGAAUACACAACAUAAAUCAGCUAUUCAGUUAAUUCAAAAUUUCAUCUCUGUUUAUUCUCCACAUACAGCCAUGGAUGCGGCUAAAGGUGGAAUAAACGAUUGGAUGGCAUUAGGGUUAGUGAAAAACGAGUUUACUUUGAUAGAUAAAAUUGUCUCCAUUGAAAAAGUGGCAUCGUUGCCACAGGAUGAAUCUGUUGGAUACGGCAGAAUUGUCACUUUAAAGGACCCGCUUAAUCUAAGCACUCUGAUUGAUAAUAUUAAACAAUCCUUGGGCAUCAAAGAUUUACAGAUAGCGUCUCCAUUUGGCGAUCCAUCACACCAUAAUUAUGUGAAAAAGAUAGCAUUAUGCGCCGGUAGUGGUAGUAGUGUGUUUAAAUCCAUACCUGAUUGGAAGGAUAUUGAUGUGUUUUAUACAGGAGAAAUGUCACAUCAUGAAUUAUUGAAGAUUAAAGAGAUGGGCAAGACGUGUAUUGUAUGCAAUCAUUCAAAUACAGAACGUGGCUACCUAAAAGAUGUUCUUGCUGGUAAAUUAGCCAGUGAGGGAUUUGAAUGUAUUAUCAGUGAGGCAGAUCAAGAUCCAUUGAGAACUGUAUAA